CACAAUCGAAAAACAAAUAUGGAGGUUUACUGGUGAUUGAUAAUGCCUUACUUGGUGCCUCGAAACAAUCUAGUCGAGCAUGGGUUGAUUAUAAUCAGCAGCUUGAGCAGGCAGAAGAAAGUAUGUGGUAACUUAAUUUCAAAUUAAAUCAAACAAAAAACCAAAAGACUCACCUGAAACCUAAUUGCUUGCAAUGGAAAUGUAGGGGUGAUUGGUCUCUGUAUCAUUAGAUAACAAUAUUUCUUGGUGAACAGCCAUUCUCUAGUCUCUUAGUGCCAUCUUUUAAAUUAAACUUAACCACAAUAAAGAAUAUUUCUAUAAACAUUAUGCAGUAGUGCCAUUAAUCUUGUAAAUACAUGCAUGUUGGGGCUAUAAGAGGUGGAUGAUGAAAGAAAAAGUGAAGAUAAUGAAAGAGUCUGCUCAUCGAUGUGGAGAAUGUGGGCGUGAAUUUGCGCUUGCAUACAAUUUAAAGAAACACCUGAGGACCCAUAGUGGUGAAAGACGUUAUAUUUGUAGUGAUUGUGGGCUAGCUUAUACUCAAAGUGGUGGCCUCAAGAAUCAUAUUAAGAGUGUUCAUGGAACAGAUACAAACUACACUUGCCAUUAUUGUGGGAAAUCAUUUCCCAUCAAGGAUCGCCUGAAACUGCAUCUAAGGAUUCACACAGGCGAAAAACCUUACAGCUGCCCUCAUUGCACUAAGAAUUUUGCUCGUGGAAGUCAACUUUCUCAGCAUGUCCGAACUCAUACCAAAGAUCGUCCUUACAACUGUGCUUUAUGUGGAGCUAACUUUGUUUGUCGUAGUAACCUUCUUAAUCAUAUAAAAAGACACCAAGGUGAAAGAGAUUAUAUUUGUCAUAAAUGUGGAAAAGCUUUUGUUAGGAGGGAUGGUCUUCAAAAGCACUUGGUUUGGUAUCAUGCAAAUUAUAAAGCAUUUGAAUGCAAAAUAUGUAAUAAACGUUACAAAGGUCAUCUUCUUCAGCAUAUGAGAAUACACAUGGCCGAGAAACCACAUGCUUGUCAGCAUUGUAAUAUGCGCUUUGUGCAACGCUCGCAGCUCACAGUACAUGAGCGCACCCACAGUGGAAUAAAGCCUUAUCGGUGUGCUGUCUGUCAUAUGGCAUUUGCUCAUUCUACAGCACUUAAAAUGCAUGUCCGACGCCACACAGGAGAAAAACCAUUUAAGUGUCUGAUUUGUGAUAAUAAAGCAUUUUCUCAGCUCCCUCAUUUAAAAAAGCACAUGCUCUCUAUCCAUAAAACUAAUAAACCCUAUAUCUGUACAGGCUGCAACUCAUUUUUCAAAAUCAAAACUCAGUUGCAAGAACAUUUAGAAACUUGUGAUAAGGUUUCUAAGGUGCCAGAGCCUGAACAUGAGGUAGGAAUGCCGUUGGAUAAAAUGCGUCUUCUUUUGGCUGUGCUUCUACAAAAAAUAUCUACGCCAGAAAGGUUACAGACCCUAGGUUAUGGAAAACGGUUAAUUGAUCUAGUUCUUAGAGAUUCCAUUGAGCAAUCAGGCCGUGAUGCUUGUAAAGAUGUCGGUAUAUCAGAAGGAGAGCGUUUGAAACGAAAUGUACAAAUAUUAUUAGAUUGGACUGUACCAAAAGUUUAUAUGGAUAAGUUCAAACAAGAAAGGCGAUCAAUGGAAGAAUUAUUAGAGGAAUUUACAUCGUGACAGGCAUCGAUGAACGCUGCUUUUUCUGCUAAUGUACAAAUUUACAGAAAUGUUUUAAUUGUAGACUUCCUAUUUUUCUGUUAAUUUAAUAGUAGAAAUUGGUUUUAGUAAAUAACAUAAUUUAUUAAUAUAAAUUUCUUUUGUAAUACAAAAAUUUAGGAAGAAAUUAUUUUAUACUUUUCUG